ACUAUAAGGAUAGGUCAAAUCAAAUAUAAUCAACUCGGGUCGGAGCAAGCGGGCGAGCUAGACAGCGUCCCCAAGCCAUGGUCCCUACCGGCCGCGGCUCAGCCUGGGUCCCUCUGCUCCAGACCCGAGUGCCCAAAGCAGGCUUUGGUUUCAUGUCAGCAGCCUUCAACUGCCUUCCAAAAAUAAGCCCCUGCCGCCAUGCCGAGGGGAGAAAAACAAGAAGGGCGGUAUUUUUAGGGCCAUUAAUUCUGACCACGUGCCUGAGAGGCAAGGUGGAUGGCCCUGGGACAGAGGCUCUUCAUCACUAUGUCCCGGGGAGCAGGACGUCUGCAGGGCACGCCGCAGGCUCUCGUCUUCCUCAGCGUCCUAGUGGGCAUGGUGGCGCCCUCCCCAGCGGGCACCCGCGCCAACGGCACGCUGCUGGCCUCGAGGGGCUGGGGCGCCUUGCUGUCCAGGUCCCGCGCUGGGCUGGCUGGAGAGAUCGCCGGCGUGAACUGGGAAAGUGGCUACUUGGUGGGGCUCAAGCGGCAGCGGAGACUCUAUUGCAACGUGGGCAUUGGCUUCCACCUCCAGGUGCCACCAGACGGUCGGAUCAGCGGGACCCACGAGGAGAACCCCUACAGCCUGCUGGAGAUUUCCACGGUGGAGCGAGGCGUGGUGAGUCUCUUUGGGGUGAAAAGCGCCCUCUUCAUUGCCAUGAACAGUAAAGGAAGAUUAUACACGACGCCCAGUUUCCAAGAGGAAUGCAAGUUCAGAGAGACCCUCCUGCCCAACAACUACAACGCCUACGAGUCAGACCUGUACCGAGGGACCUACAUCGCUUUGAGCAAAUAUGGACGGGUGAAGCGGGGCAGCAAAGUGUCCCCCAUCAUGACCGUCACCCACUUCCUCCCCAGGAUAUAAGGACCCUGGAGGAAGGCUCACAGGUGGCAAGCAACGUCUUUUCUGUUGGAAUUUUGCACAAGUUGAACAGUUUCCCCUCCCCCCAUGACUCCUGAGUCGGGCUCCUCUUUUGCGUGGGGAGGGCUGAGCCAGUUUCUUCGGCCACCAGACCCCAUGGCAUGUGAGCCAAUCAAGUGGGGGGUGGCAGCCGGCAUCCUAGAACAGUGGGUCCACGCUCUGGCCUCACCUGAGGAAAGAAGGUACAGGUGACACUCGUGCAAGGGGACCUUGGGCCCAGGACAGGCAGGGGGAGGAAGCGUGUGUGCGUCGAUGUAUAGCCAUAGUCUCAGGGUGAAUCCUCAGCGCCAAGGCAUUUGGAACAUCAGGUUUCUUCCUCCCGGCGUCAUUGCUGCAGGAAUCUGCCUGCAAGAAUGUCACCUGUCAAACCAGCAGGAUUGACACGUACCCCCAUUCUGCCUCUUUCCAAUCCCCUUUCCAUUCGGUGGCCACUGACUGUGUGGGUUGCAUGGGGGAGGGGGGGUGGUGGGGAGCAGCUGUCCUCUAAGUGCAAAGCGGGCAGGUGACAGGGAGUAAGGUUUAGCUGCAAGGCAGAAAGUGAGGGGCACUCCAGGCAUCCUGCCUGUGAGGGCUCUGGGGACCCUGGAAUGCAUGGUCAGGGAAGCUGGGGGAGGAGGGACCGCCUCCUGGAGGCGAGGAGUCGAGCAGCUUCCAGGGCAGUGGAGGGAGGCGCUGGGGGUUCCAUGGAGAGCUGCUCUGCCCGGACGAUUCAGGACUGCGCAUGGCUCCAGGAACAAGCUGGGGCCGGGCUGCCUGCCCAUGACUUUUCCUCACGUUGAACCGGGUCUUAUUUUAACCUCAGAUGACAAGGAUCCUAAUAAUGGCAACCUCUUUGGCGAAGGGUGAGGGGGUACAAAAUAGGGCACGAAGGAAGUAGAGAGGCUUUGGACGGCAGAUGCUAAUUCCUCUCCAGCCACGUCCAGGAAACUCACCCAAGUUCUCAUCUGAUACCCUCACUUCCUUCUCGGCGUCCUCUUCUUGCACACACGCUGGGGGCUGGAUGCAGCAGAAUGAGCACGGUGAUCUCCAGAGUUUGCCCCCUCUGACCCCCUACAGUAGGAGAAGAGUGAUAAUCCCGUGAAAUCCAGCAGCCAAGCCCAAGCGGCUCCUAGCCGUACGAUGACUUCCUGCCUCCUGUCCUCGGAGAGUACUUAAAGCAGAGGUUCCCCAAGUGACUAUAAAUGUUGCUGCCUGGAGCCUUCAGAUUCCUGAACCAUUGGAACGUUCCUAAAUCUGAAACCAGAGAGAGCUGUAUCAGAGGGCACAUAUUUUCAGCGUACGUGAACCGACGAGUUACCGGAUGAGCGGACGCCCUCUGCAACUCCCAGGGGCCCCCGCCUGCAAGACAGGCCCUCAUCUGCUGCACAUACCUUCGUCUCUGACAUACCUCUCGAGCUGCAGAUGCGUCCAUCUAUAUAUAGAUUUGAGAUGAGCUGAAGACAGAGGUUGGCCAUCCCCGGGAGAGCCACCCUGCUGGCCACCUCCUCUGCCCGGCCAAAAUCAGGUGAGGCACAUGCUGGGGGAUGAGGGAAAGGCCCCAUCAAGGCGAGCAAAAGUGGAAGAGACGGUCAGAGGUCAGGAUGAGAGCGGAUGUGGUCAAGCCUUGGCUAGAAACUGGAUGGAGCUGGAGCCUUGGUCAAGUGGGAGGGGAGAAAAUCGGCCCAUCUUGACUGUUCAGAAUGUUUCAGGUGUGGGUCUGUUGGAAGCAGGGAACAGCUCAUAGCUUUUGAGGAGGUCUUGUCCUGAGUAAGUGAUCUCUUUUAAAACAGGGUACAUCAGCAGCAGAUGCACCCAGAACCUGAGCUACGUGUCAGUUCCUGAUGGGACAUAGUGGGCGGGUAGGAGGGCUGGGUGGAUGCACGGACAGGGACCCAGAGAGAAGAAGGAAGUUGCAGGUUCCAGAGCAUCCAUCCAUUCCCUUCUUCCCAGGUCUUGGGCCACCUUGGUAUGAGGCGGCUCUAAGAGAGUCACGAGGCCACGGACGGCUAGGUGUUUCCUGCAACUCCCUCAAGGCUCAUCAGAAUGCCCAGAUCCUGACCAGAAGUUCCCCCAAAUGUCCACUCCCAUCUUUUCUUGCUGAGAGUGAGAAUGAGAAGCUCUGAAAUGCCCAGGACCAGGCAGGCUUGGCACCCAGUCACUCAAGCACAUUGGUUACCCACGGCUGGCAGCGCUCUAGCACCUGGGCGUCUGUUCUUCUAGGCACGAGGGCCCAUCUGAACCGAUGGUUAUCUGGGAUGUCUCACUGGUGCUUUAAAAUCCUCCGCAUUCAAAGGAAUUCUCCGAAGGGCUUUCACUUUGACCUGUGAGUGACAGGCUUAGGAAAAGUCAGUCCCCAUCUGCAGAAGUGGGUCACCUUACCGGGCAGGAGCAGAGCGGGAUCAGCAAGGCGCCCCCCAAGCCCCUCUCUCCCAAGGCCGCGUCUGUGUGCAACUGCAAGGAGUCCUCUCCGGUCUGACCACCAUCUGAGUCCUGAGCUCAGCUCUCAGCCUCGUGGGACCCACAGGGCUGCAGAAGAGCUUGCAGAAGCAGGGGAACAAGAGUGAACCCCACCUUCUCGCUGAGAAUGGACUGAGAAUGACUUGAGUCCUCCCUUCCUCACCCACAAUCUGAGCUUUGAUCCUGGUUUAUAGAGUUUUGUAGCUAACUGGCCUCUCUUCCAACCCGAACCUUUUCGAGCAAAGGUGGGGCUCCAGAAGCCCAGAGGCUGCCCUAUUCCCUCUUCUAGAGCAAACGAUGAAGAGGAGAGCAGCACAUGUGCACCCCUGGAAGGUGGCUUCUCAGCUGGGAUGAGGUUGGCCCAGAACAGAGAGGUCCCCAGGCCCACGGAGAGUCUAUACCCUCUGGGGCCACAGAGAGACCUCAGAGGAAGCCCGGGAACUCCCUGCUUGCUCCUGCCGUUGACAGUGUUCAUCAUUCACCGCCUUCUAACCCCCAUCCCACCCCACAGCCCAGACGGGAUUGAACUUUCCUGGAAGCAGCACAUGAUUUUGUAAUUAAUACCCUGUCCUUAUCCUCAUAACCUCCCCUCUGCCACCAUGUCCACCCUCCACCUCCAACACCGUACUCCAAGCCCCAGGUCAGGGCUGUUCUUUGGCUUAAGAAAGAGGGUUCUCUCUCUCUCUUUCCUUUUUUUUUUUUUUUUUUUUUUGUCUUUUUAGGGCCACACCCAUGGCAUUUCGGAAUUCCUGGGCUAGGGGUCAAAUCAGAGCUGUAGCUGCCGGCCUACGCCAUAGACACUGCAAUUCCAGAUCCGAGCCACAUCCGCAACCUACACCACAGCUCAUGGCAACGCCGGAUCCUUAACCCAUGGAGCGAGGACAAGGAUUGAACCCUCAUCGUUAUGGAUACUAGACGGGUGCAUUACCUCUGAGCCACAACAGGAACUCCAAGCUGGGAUUUUCUCCUGGCCUCUGAUCCAGGCUACAAACCUCUCUCCUUUAGACACAGCUCCUUCUCCCCAGGCCAUUUGCCCCAGCCUAAAAUUCCCUCCCAGCCCGGUCCUAUCUGGGGCCGCUGGGACCCUCCUUCCCUGGCUGGCUCCGGCCCUUUCUUGUUCUGGACCUCAGCUUUUUCACAUUCUUUUCCUAUGCGAGUCCCCAGUGAGAAGGGAGACACAAAAGGCCAUGAGCUGUCGGUCCCCUUCCUCCCAGGGUUGGGCCACUUUGGGCCACAGUCACUGGUGCAAAUCACCUGCAGUCGCUGGCCCCCAAGACACCAGGCGUCCUCUCUGCCCUCCUGCCCCUUUUGCCUCUUCUCGUGUGGACACAGCCAGAAAACUCCUGUAUCUUUCUAGCCCAGUGCUUUCCCCCAGAGGUCCAUCUGGGUCCGUCACCACCCAGGAGGUGUUCUCUGUCACUUGCCACUCCUGUGCCUGCGACGUGGGUGUCUAGUAUUUGCACCCCUCACCCCCAGCAAGAACCCGGCCAUGGAUUCUGCUGCCUCCUAGGAAAUCGCCAAAGGCAGGGAUAUUGGGGUCAAGGCCGAACGAGUGGAUAGAAACCCUGUAGCCCAUGCCUGCCCCUGAGCCAGAGCUUCCUCUUCCCAGAACAGAUCCUGCAAUCUGGUCCAGACUGCAGCGAGCCGACCCGGAACCGUGUUUGUAUACCUCACUGAACUCGUGAAAUUCCAACAUCCAGACAGCUGUGGCCCCCAUGGUUUCCCUGUAAAUCAAGAAGUACCUCAGGCUGGGUCCCAGCGCAGAGCUGUCCUCAAGCGGGGGGCCUAGCGGGUAGGAAAACUCAGAAUUCGUUCAGUCAUGUGCUUGUAAAAAUGUGAUGCUUCUAUUUUUUUUAAAUAUGUAUGUGCUAUGCACAAACCAUAUCCUGUUCCAGCAAAAAGGAAAAGGUCUUUUUAUACGUUCCUCUAAACUGACUCCACCCCUCCUAUUAAAACCGACAACGAA